GUACCAGGGAGUGUGUCUCUUUAAUGAGGCUGGGCUUGGAGCAGCUCUGCUGCUGGCACAGGGAGCGAGGGAUGGAGCGAGGGCGGUGAAGGAGCCAGUGCCAGAGAGGGAGCCUGCAGCAGGGAGAGGCGGGGAAGGACCGCUCAUCCCCCCUGGGUAUCGCAGACCCCAGACCGAGGGGCAGAGAAACCCACGGCAGGGCAGAGAGCUUUGCGGAGGGCACGACCCAGGGGGUGCUGAGCCGAGCCUGGAGCCCCUGUGUCAUCCUCCUCCUCCUCCUCCAGCUGCCCGCUGAGCGACAAUGCCAGGCCUGUACGUCCUGUCCUCCUGGGAGCCUCUGCCCCUGAAGAGCUCCAAGGUGAAGGCUUGUGCCAAUGGGUACUCCCUGAGCAUCACUGCUCACCUCACAUACACCAACCCCCACGAGGAGCCCGUGCAAGGUAUUUUCAUCUACCCACUGGAGCAGUCAGAGGUGGUGGCCAGCUUUGAGGCGGCAGCGGGCAGCCGGCGGGUGACAUUCCAGGUCCAGAACCGGCACCGGGUGCAGGACUGCUGCCUCCAGUGCAUCCCAAACCCCAGCCAGCCGCGGCACUGUGCCGGCGGCCACCUUGUCCUGGAUGAAGAUGUGGAGCGCUCCACCUUCAUCAUCGUCACAGGCACGCUGUGCGCAUCGGAGAGCCUGUCCAUCACCCUGAGCACAGCGCAGGAGCUGGCCACGCUGCCGGAUGGGGCCCUGCGCCUCCUCCUGCCACCCGUCCUCACACCCCGUGUCCCUGCUGACCCCGAGAGCGAGCCGGCAAGCUUGUGUGACGACAGGUUGGCCCUAUGCCCCACCAGCUGUUUUGGGGGGCCGGGUGCCCGGAGCCAGCCCCCCGCCAUGGUGCCUGUGGAGAGUGUGGAUGUCUUUCGAGGCCGGACCUGCAACCCUUUUCCUUAUGAGUUUGCCUUCGAGCUGCUGGUGAAGGGCCCCUGUUUGCUGGCAGGGCUGGAGAGCCCGUCCCAUGCCCUGCGAGCCGAUGCCGACCCCUGGGCCAGCUCUGCCGCCACCACCUGCGUCACCCUGGCUGAGCCCCACCGCUAUGACAGGGACGUGGAGAUCAUCCUCUACCCCUGCGAGCCCCAUCACCCCCACCUGGUGAUGGAGGAUGGCACCAUGACAUACCCUGAGUAUGAGGCCCUCAUCCGGAGCCGCCGGGAUUACAUGCGGAUUGCCAGGAAGGACAGCAGCGGCGAGAGAGAGGUGGCUUUUGUGCAGAAGCGUUUCCACAAAGACAUCUUCCCCAACCCUGUGCUGAUGCUGAACUUCUGCCCAGCGGCGGAGGGUGUCCCUGGGAACCUGCAGAGCAUCACCCGCGAGGUCCUCUUCCUCAUCGACUGCAGCAGCACCAUGAGCAGCCCUGACCUUGACAAGGUCAAGGAGGCUUUGCUGGUGGCCCUGAAGAGCCUCCCAUCGGGGACACUGCUCAACGUGGCCAGCUUUGGUGCCGAUGUGAAGCCACUCUUCCUGUCCAGCCGCCUCUGCAGCAACGAGACGCUGCAGCGCACCUGUGAGCACCUCAGCCGGCUGCGGGCAGACGCGGGCAGCACCAACCUGCUGGCAGCCCUGCGCUGGGCGCUGGCACAGCCCCUCCACCAUGGCUACCCCCGUCAGCUCUUCCUCUUCACCGACACGGCAGCAGGCAACACAGGCAGGAUCCUCCGGCUGGUGCGCAGGCAGGCCAGCACCGUCAGAUGCUUCAGCUUCGGCAUGGGCCCAAGGGUGUGCCGGCGGCUGCUGAAGGGCAUGGCCAAGGUGAGCCGGGGCCGCGCUGAGUUUCUGAGCCCGGCCGAGAGGUUGCAGCCCAAGCUGAUCAAGUCCCUGAAGAAGGCAAUUGAGCCGGCUGUCAGCGACAUCACCAUCGACUGGUACGUCCCCGACAGCAUGGAGGCUCUGCUCUCGCCCACGGAGUUCCCAGCCCUCUACCCUGGCGACCGCCUCGUCAGCUACUGUGUCCUCUACAGCAUCGCCCGCUUCCGCAGCAGGCGCUCGCAGGGCCGGGAAGGGCCUUGCCGGGGCUCAGCCUUUCCCUCCCAGGAGGAUGUGCCCAGCCCCAGGGAGAGCUGCCAGCUGUCCCGGCGCACUCUGGGAUCUGGGGACAUCUCCCUGGAUCUCCUUGCUGGGAGUAUGGAGGCGUCGGACCGGAGUGUGGAUCCUGCGUCAGGGGGAGAUAUCUGGAAGCGGAUUUACCAGCCGUCCUACAUCCAGGAGCAGUAUGUCCUGACGCACUGCUCCGUCAGCACCGACCGCAGUCGGGGGCUCCUCUCCCACAGCUCCACCAGCAGUGAGUCCACCGGCUCCCGGGAUGUGGCCCCUGAGGUCCCGGGCACUGAUGCCACCUCCCAGCAGGGCCAGAAGAGCCUGUCCAUCUGUGAGUCCUCCACCAAAUCUGCCCCACUGCCCUCUGCCCCGGCUGGCACCAAGGUGAUGAUGGCCCUGAGCAUGGAGGAGCUGGCACGGCGGAAGAAGGCGCUGGCACGUGCUGCCCUGGCCAGCCGCAGCUUCUCCUCACCGCAUGGGCAGCUGGACACGCACCGGCUCUACCAGGCCCUGGAGAAGGUGUCACAGAAAAGGAACCAGUCCCUGGAAGGGCAGCUGGAUGAGCUGGGACCCCAGGGACGGCAGCUGCAGCCCAGUGCAGUGGAGUCAAAUAACCUCCUCUCACCCACCCACCUGGACUGGGACAUGCUGGUGGAGCCCUCCUACCUCUUCAGUGCUUCACCGGUGCCCGAGCCAGGGGAGUCCAGCCUGGGCGAUGCCAGCCUGCCCUUGCGCUGCCAGGUGGUGAUCCAUGCGCUGCGAGCUGGCAAGCCGGUGUCCUGGGAAGUGACGGCCUCGCUGGAGUCAGUGAUGCAGGGGCCAAGCAGGGAGGACUGCCCGCAGCGGGUGGGCAAGGCCUGGGACAAGCCGCUGCACCGCUUGGCAGCACGCUCCGUCAUUCGGGACAAUGAGAACGCGGCGCAGCGGGAAGCAGAGCUGGAGCAGGGUUUUGCCCGCCGGUUCCGCCUGAAAGCUGUGCAAACCAGCAAAGCCUGCAAUGUGCCUUCUCUCUACACUCGCCUGGUGCCCGUGGAUGGUGCCACACAGGCAGCCCUGCCCGCAGCCCCCGAGGUGUGGGGCACAGCCGGUUCUAUCAGGCAGUCACGAGCCACUGCAGCAGGGAGCUGGCACCACAGGAGCUCUUCAGCAGGUCUGGGGCAGCAGCGGGAUGUGGAAGAGCUGGAUGAGGCUCCUCUCACUGCAGAGCGAGGCGAGACACCUGCGUCUCCAGCCAGCAUCUCCUCCCCUACCUAUGGUGGGGAAAAGCAGAACUUCUUGAACGGGCCUCCAUCCAGCCCCUCCACCACCUCCAUGGGCUCCCAGAAAUCCACAGAGAGUAUCAGUGGCUCUAGGUUUAGCCUGAGCAGGCGCAGGGGGCCCAGCCUGGCGCUGCGCCUGCAGGGCCUCAGCCCUGAGACCGAGCGCUCCAGCAACCAUGACUACCUCCCGCUGUCACCUGCCCCGCUAUUGCAGGUCCAGCUGCAGCAAGCCAGGGGCCCAUUCCAGCUCACCGAAAGCUUCUCUGAUGUGGUGCAGAUCCCACUGGAUCGCCUGCGCCGGGCCUCCCCCUAUGCCUCCCACCAUGCCAGCCUCAGCCCUGUGUCCCCAGGGGCCAGGAGCAGCCUCCAGGCAAGGCCUGGCAGUGAAGAAGGCGAGGAGCCCGCCGCAGCCCUUCAGCCCAGCUCACCCCCAUCCCAGAGCACUUGCUCUGAGGUGCCCAGUGCAGCUGUGUGGGCACAGGCAGACAGCGGGCAUGGCUCAGAGUCUGACACCGGCCCCCACUCAGCUGCCCCCUCCGAGGCUGGCAUCAACUGGCAGGACGUGGGGCCGGAGGACCUGGAGAGUGCCAGCUGGGCCACGGCAGUGGCCUUGGCAUGGCUGGAGCAUCGCUGCGCUGGCUUCUUUGAGGAGUGGGAGCUGGUGGCAGCCAAGGCAGAUGCGUGGCUGCAGGCGCAGCGGCUGCCUGAGGGGGUGGACGUGGCCUGCCUCAAAGGGGCGGCCAGACACUUGUUCCUGCUGCUGCGUCACUGGGAUGAGAACAUCAAGCUGAACAUGCUGUGCUACAACCCCAACAACGUCUGACAGCUGCCAGAGGGGCCAAUAAAGGUGACCGGCUUCA